UGUGAAUUUUGUUGCGAACUAUAUUCAAGAUGUCAGCGCCCAUGUUUUAGAGCUACCCUCGCACUGUUAUGAUCCCAUAGAGGUUGGAAAACGCAUCUCGACGAAAGUUUCAUUUUUGCAAACAUAAUGGUAGCUAUUUCCAGACUAGAGUGUCUGUCAGUCUUGGAGGGCCACCAGGACCGAGUGUGGUGUGUGAAGUGGAACCCCUCUGGGACUCUGCUCGCCUCAUGUGGAGGUGACAAGUCUGUCCGUAUUUGGGGCCAGGAGGGAGACAAGUGGGUUUGUAAAACAGUACUAGAAGACGGCCACCAGAGAACAGUCAGAUCUGUGGCAUGGUCACCAUGUGGGAACUAUCUGUCCACUGCAAGCUUUGAUGCUACCACAGGGAUCUGGAGCCGCAAGGAGGGAAACUUUGAGUGUAUAGCUUCUCUUGAAGGUCAUGAAAAUGAGGUCAAGUGUGGGGCAUGGUCUCCAGGGGGAAGUCUCCUGGCAACAUGUAGCCGUGACAAAAGUGUUUGGAUAUGGGAAGUGACAGAAGAUGAAGAGUAUGAGUGUGCCAGUGUCUUGAGUUCCCAUACCCAGGAUGUCAAAUGUGUCACAUGGCACCCUAACAAGGAGAUCCUUGCCUCUUGUAGCUAUGACAACACCAUCAAACUCUUCAAGGAGGACACAGAUGACUGGACCUGCUUCACUACUUUAGAGUCCCAUGAUUCCACUGUAUGGAGAAUAUGUUUUGAUCAGUCUGGAUCAAGGCUUGCAUCCUGUAGUGAUGACCAAACAGUUAAGAUAUGGCAGGAGUACCCACCGGGUAAUUCUGAGGGUGUGGCUACAACUGGUCCUGACUCUACAUGGAAGUGUGUGUGUACCUUAUCAGGGUAUCACAACCGUGUCAUCUAUGAUAUAGACUGGUGUCACCUGACUGGUCGCUUAGCUACAGCAUCGGCAGAUGAUGCCAUACGUGUUUUUGUAGAGGAGCCAAGUUCAGACAAAAAUCAGCCAGAUUUCCGCCUGGAAGUGACAGUAAAUAAGGCCCAUAAUCAAGAUGUGAAUGCUAUAUCAUGGAACCCUAAGGACCCACAAUUACUAGCUUCCUGUAGUGACAAUGGGGAGGUCAAGCUGUGGAAUUACGUAAAAGCAUAAAUGUUUUAGGUUUCACUAGUACUUGAUUAAACCAGCACAUUCAACAAUGUUGGUUCUACUAUUUUUUGCGGUUACUAUGCCAUGAAUUGUCAGUGUUGAAAACAUUGUGUGUUUCUCUCAAGGAUGUGCACAAUGCCUUCAACCCUGACAACUGUUAUUCUUAUUAUUCUGACCAUUUAUAAGUACAAGAAUCAAACAACUCAAAUUUCUUUGGCUUAAGAUUCAGUAGCAGAGUUUCCCCGUGAAACUGUAGCAUUGAGGCUACCUGAAAGAUAGUGAUGGGCAGAUAAUCAAUUGUAAUUUAAAUUUGAUCGGUUGGCCCUUUCCAAUAUUGAUUACGUUACCAAGUUACGCUACUGAACUAAAAUGAUAAAUAUGUAAUGAACUGUAUGCUUUAUCAAAUUUUAUUAUAUGAUUGAUGUCAGUGCUCAGUUGAAAAAAACCCAAUGAAAACUGCAUAAAGUAAGCUGUGGAAGAAGGAAAUGCAAUGUAUAGUAACAACCAACCAGAUGCUACAAUAAUGUUGUCACUUUAUGUAGGUAUUCAGUGCCAUAAAACUAUAAAAUGAUGAUGUAGUCAAUCAUUGAUUAGUUUCUUAUUUCUUUAUUUAACAAACCGACCAUGGUUAUGAUUUUACACCAAUUGCCAGUCACUUCUGAAAUAUGACAACAUUCUUAGUCAAGUCAAUGUUUGUCUUUAAUGAGAACUAUAUAGCUAAUAUUCCUGUGGCUAUAACAUACUGAUUACAACAAACAUGGUCCUGUUAUGGAUCAGAGUUGUUAAUUUGUGAUCAUAUUGUUUAUAGUAUGGUUAUGAUUCCAAAUAAAUAUAAUUAAAAUCU